AUGCCCCGCAACGACACCGAAUGUGCGAAUCCCCUCUGGCUGAGCUGGGUAAAGGAGUGGUAUGAGAAGGAAAGCGAACGGGGAAUAAAAGCAGUUACCACCUACAAGAAAGCCUACGAUUCUCUUAGAGCAUGCCCAUUGAGAUUUGAACACCCAUCACAAGUCAUACAACUCACUGGCUUCGGACCAAAGCUCUGCGACCGGUUGACGGAGAAGCUUAGAAAGUACUGCGAAGAAGAAGGCAUUGAGAUGCCCGCCAUACCAAAGAAAAAACGAAAGAAGGCAACAUCCAGCGGCGGUGGCGAAGAGGAAAACGACGAAGAUGCGCCAGCGACGCCGGCCAAGAAACCCCGAAAGACGAAGCCUUAUGUGCCGGCACAUAGGUCUGGUGGAUAUGCAAUAAUCCUAGCUCUGGCAACACUGGAAAAGGGAGAAAAGACUGGCAUCUUGAAACAGGAAAUUAUAGAUAUUGGACAGGAGUACAGUGCGUCUUCUUUCACAAUUCCAAAUGGCCAUUACACAGCUUGGGGGUCGAUGAAAACUCUGCUGGAGAAGGAUUUGGUGUAUGAAAAAGGACGCCCAACACGCAAAUACUUUUUGACAGAAGAAGGAUGGGACCUCGCCGAGCGCUUCUUAAAAGCACAUAACCCGACAAAAGGUUCUACGGAAACAUUCGUAUCGAGGGAAAAACCUGUGGGGGCAUCAAGACCGAACGACUCUGAUUUGAGCGACGCAGAAACGAAUCCGUCAAGGGCGAGACAAACUGCUUCUAGAAUAGGAGCAGUGGAAGAAGAGAACAAGGGCCCGGACCUGAUCCAAAUGGGCAAAGAAGUAACUUCCAAUUCCGACCUCCCUAAGUUCAGCCCAAUAGUCUUACAACCUGGUUCGUUUGUCGUUGAAAUGGUUCUCGAUAAUCGUGAAGUCGCCGCAAAAAACAACCGACAAUACAUGCAUGAACAACUGCGAGAGAAAAAGUGUCCUUUUACAGUACGGCCUCUUCCCUUGGGUGAUAUUCUAUGGGUUGCCAAACUCAAAGACCCCAUCUAUCUAUCCAAACACGGCAUGGAAGGUGACGAAGUGGUUCUCGAUUAUAUCGUCGAAAGAAAGCGCCUAGACGAUCUGAUCAGUUCUAUCAAAGACGGACGGUUUUAUGAACAGAAAUUUAGGCUUAACAGAAGUGGUCUAAAAAAUGUAGUUUAUCUUAUCGAAGAGGGUAGCGCUGGCAAAGACUCUGCGGAGGUAUGGGCCGAUCGAGUUCAAUCAGCCAUUGCGACCACUCAAGUCAUCCACGGUAUCUUCCUCAAGAAGACCCAGAAAGUCGACGAGACCAUUCGCUACCUCACACGUCUAACAGCCAUGUUAAAAGAGAAAUAUGAGAAGGAACCUCUGCACCUAAUUCCCACCCCAGUUGUAACAUACUGGAACUACCUACCUCUUCUCAAACACCUAAAAGAAGAACAACCAGGAACCAAUUACCACGCCACGUACCAACUCUUCCAAUUCUAUUCCGACAAAACGAAAAAUCUCAUCUUGCGAGACGUCUUCCUGAAAAUGCUGAUGUGUACAAAAGGCGUAAGUGGCACGAAAGCCCUGGAGAUCCAGAAGCGAUGGAAGACGCCCGCGGAGUUCAUAGCGGCGUAUAAAGCUUGUGGUGAGGGUACCGAGGGAGAGAAGAAGAAGCAUAGUAUGGUUAGUGAUAAGUGUGGGAACCUGGUUGGGAAUCGGAAGAUUCAGAAAGCUGUUAGUACGAAGAUUGCCAAGGUUUGGGGGUUUACUGAAGUGGAGUAUUGA